CGCUGAGGCGACUGGGAGUGCGGCGCGGCGUGCGCGGGCACGAGCGACAGGCCUGCCUCGGGCUCAGGCGCGGCGGGCGGGCGGGCGCGCGCUGCGGCGGGUGUGCGAGGCGCGGGCUGUUGUGCUCCCGGCUCUGCUCGCUCCUUCCUCUGCGGGUGGCGGAGGCCCCAAGCGGUGCGGGGCUCGACCCUUCCUUCCCUGCUCGUCCUGCCCAGCUCUUCUCGCGCUGCGCGGUCUCUCGGACGCCAGACCGGCCCGGCCCGGAUAUGGCUCGUGGACAGCAGAAGAUUCAGUCUCAGCAGAAAAAUGCCAAAAAGCAGGCUGGACAAAAGAAGAAACAAGGACAUGACCAAAAGGCUGCUGCCAAAGCUGCCUUAAUAUAUACCUGCACUGUCUGUAGGACACAAAUGCCAGACCCCAAGACCUUCAAGCAGCACUUUGAGAGCAAGCACCCCAAGACUCCACUUCCUCCAGAGUUGGCUGAUGUUCAGGCAUAAAGUUGUUUACAGGUGAAUUCAUGACACCUUUGACUCUCUACUGUCUCAGACCUUAGGUAACAAACCUGCAGCUGCUUUUUUAAACAAACUGUUGAUCAGCAAACAAUAAAGGGGCUACAGAAACACUCAUUUUUAUGCUGUUCCCUUUGGGCUUCAUGCAAAGACAAUUCUGUGUAAAUGUACAGUUGACUCUGAUGUGGAAAUCUGAAAAUCAGUCCAUUCUUGUUAUAAAAAUUUUUUUACAAUUGUAAUUAUAUUGAUGUUCAUAUUGUAUAAAAUAACUCAUUUAAUAAAGUAGUGCUUUGAUUUUACAACACCACAGGA